AUGGUCUACUCUGAGGUGCGGACCCCGCCGGAUGUGAUACUCCUCCAUUCUCAGCCGUCCGAUCUCAUCCCUAGAAAAACCACUACAUUCUUUUCGAAUCCGAAUGUGAAUCCAACUUGUUCAUUGUUUUCUCUCUUUGAUUCUGCAUUAUUCACUUGGAAAAGCCGCGGAUUCGGCCCUUUUCCAUCUCUGAUUUGCUGCGCUCCUUUUCCCACCGACUGCUUCUACUUUUGUUGCAAACUCGCUGUCACUUACAUAGACUCUAGCGCUGUUCAAGCUCUAAAAGACUUGUACCACGAAUACAGAUCACGUAACAUCCAGAUAGCCGUUUCCAAUCCGAAUCGAGACGUUCUGCUGACUCUAACAAGAGCCGAGGUGGUCGAUCUAAUAGGCCGAGAAUGGUUCUUCGUUCGCGUGCACGAUGCAGUCCAAGUAUGUCUACAGCAUGUGCAGAGCUUAACCGAUUCUUCCAUGAGCCAAUCUCCAUUGCUAGAGAAGAAAUCAAGCCUCUUCAAUCGACUACUGAAACAGAGAUCAGAAGAAGCAGCCCUGUCUCAGUUGGAAUCGGGAAAUCGGGAGAUCUCCGCCUCGAGAGACGACGCCGGCCAUCUGGAGCCACUGCUGUCAAAGAAGACCUGAGAACAACUGUGAUGGUGGUGCCAUUGUCUGGUAUGAUUAUAUGGCAAAUGUAUGUAAAAUUGUGUGUCCAAUUCUUUGCAUAUAGAUAUAUAUUGGUUUGAAUGUGUUUAUUUGUUUCAACCUACUCUUUGAGUUAUAUUGUAAUAUGAUUCUAAAGAAAAGAAAAUGUGAAGUGCAUUUAUUGUUAUA